AUGGUGCAGCUACUUCAGAGACGCGUGGUCGAUGCCGUCUCGCAGUCGCUCGUGGAGAUUAAGGUCGACAUGAAGCACCCACCACCUCGCCAGUCGCCAUCACUGACGCCCACACCACUGGCUGUGCAAGUGCUGCGCUUUCGGCCUGAAGAGAAGGAGACGGCCACGUCGCUCAAGAAGAACCGCUUUGUGUACGAGAUCGAGUCGUGCCACCAAGAGACCGGCGACGUCUUCCGCACCGAGCGCCGCUUCCGCGAGUUUAAGCGUCUGCGCGAGGCGCUGCUGCUCGAGUGCCGCGACUGCCCGGACUGUCACCCGUUCGUCGAGAGGCUCAAGCAGUCGCGCCUGCCUGCAAGGCAGAUGGUCGUGCUUGAUGUAAACAAAUACGGUGCUUCGCGUAUGCUGGAGCUUACACACUUCCUGCGAGACCUCGUCCGUUUCGUCACCGAGUACGCGCACCAUUGUUCACGAGAUGGGCCUGAUAUUGACAAGUCCGUGGGCUUGUUCCUCGGUCUGGACUCGCUUACUGAAGCAUUAGACGGCGUUACAACCCCAGGGAAGGUGGUACAAAAUGUGCCGCUUAAAACGCGCCAGGACCGGAUCGAUUUCCGUGCUGCUUCCAUGCCCGACAUGCGAUUCUCGUCCUUGUCUGUGCGUCUCUCCGACGACUCGCUGCAGCGUAUUCGCGCUCGCGGCUACUCGGAUGUCGGUUAUAUUGAAGGCCGCCAAGCGACAAGAGGUUAG